AUGUCUAUUCAAACAUCAAUGAAUUCUCAAUUUGAUGCUAUUGAAUUGAUUACACAACGCACACUUAUUCCGCAACGUAUUAGUGAAUUAUUAAUAGAACGUGCUGCUCAAUUUGGUUUAUUACUUGAUGAUAUUUCAACUACACAUUUACGUUUUAGAUCUGAAUUUACAAGUGCUGUUGAAUUAAAACAAGUUGCACAGCAAGAUGUUGAAAAACAACGAUUUUUAGUUGAAAAAGUUUCAUCUCAAGUAGCUACAGCUCAUUUUCAACUUGUUCUAUCACGUGAUCAAGGUUUUAGUGGACGAAGGUUAUUUACUGUAGUCCCAUUAAUUAAUCAAUAUCCUAUAGGUUCAAUUCUUCUUGAAAAUCCAUAUUAUGGUUUAAGAAAACCACCAGAUCAAUCUUGUUCAUCAUUAUUAUAUGUUACCAAUUUAUAUAUCAUGGGUGAAGUACUUAUUUUAGAAACACUUAUGCUACUUCAUUGGUGUCAAAAAAUGAAAUUAACAUUUACAAAAUGGUCUGAUCCACUUUCUCGACAAUUCUAUGAAAAUAAAAUUGUUCUCGAUCUUAUUAAAGAUAUGAUGCGUCUUGUUAUGGAUGAACUUACAUCUUCAUAUAAUUAUUCAUGUUCAGUUCAAUCAAAUAUAUUUAAUGCUAUGUUUAUUGCUUGUACACAUGAUGGUUAUGUAUUACGCGAUGGUAUCCCACAUAUGAAUGAUAUUAUGCUGUUGCUGAAAUGUUACAACGACAAGAACCAAAUGUAA